GUUGGUGGUCAAAAUGUAAAAAUACUGAAAUAUCAAGACCCUGACCCUCUAUAGUUGACACUUGCAAAUAGUGGUUUUGGAAUUAAUUUCUUUCCCUCUACUAGUCGUCGUCGCCGCCGCCGCCGAUCACAUUUAUCACCGGUCGCAGAGUACUGGCCCGAAAAUUUCCGGUUUCUGAAGAAAUGAAUUUUUUAAACUCAGCAGCAUCCUUAUGCAGGAGAGUGAGUCUGAGGGAACUUAUCACAGAGGUUCCUGCUUACGGUGGCAGUGGCAUCUCCGAUUGUUCUUCGAGUGGGUUGAGUUUGGUGUUGAAGCGUUGGGCUACUAAGAAAACCGCCGGUUCCACCAAGAACGGACGUGACUCUAAACCCAAGAAUCUCGGCGUCAAGAAGUUCGGAGGAGAGAAUGUUAUACCGGGAAACAUAAUAGUCCGUCAACGUGGAACUCGGUUUCAUCCGGGAGACUAUGUCGGGAUCGGGAAGGACCAUACUCUGUUUGCGUUGAAGGAAGGACGAGUCAGGUUCGAGAAAAACAAGAUCACUGGGCGGAAGUGGAUUCAUGUUGAUCCCAAGGGAGGUCAUGUUCUUCACCCUAUCUACAAUAAAGCUGCUGCCGCCAAGUCGACUGGGAUGGAGACAGCUUCGUCUUCCUGAAAAGAGAUUGAUUCAACAAUCUAAAGGUGUCUUCUUUUUGUUAGAUAACAUCUUCUGUUGACUAGAAGAUGGUGGUGGUAUUUUAGAACAGCAAACACUCAAUUCAAUAACACCUGCUGUUUUUGUCUGAAUACUAAUCAUGUGGGUUGUUUACGCCAAGGAACAAGUUCAAUUCGUCAAAAUAUUAUAUCAAAUAUUUUGUUCUCAA